AUGUCGAGCACACCUAAUGGUAGUGAAGCCAUGAGCGCAGAUGGAGAGCAGAUGGGACCGGGCAACAUCAAUGGUCCUGGAGGCCAAGCAGAUACCCUGGAGUACAUUGUUCGAGGUUCUGGUCCUCUGGGAUCUUCAGUGGUUUUGCCUUGCUAUACUGAGACACCUUUAGUAACGGAGAAGCUGAAAGUUGUAUGGAGAAGAACAGACUCAGACACACUGGUUCAUCUGUAUCAAGAUGGUGAGAGUCGACCAGAGGAACAGCAGCAGGAUUAUCAUGAUAGAGCUCAUUUCUUUACUCAACAUGGAAACUUCUCCCUCCGUCUGGAAAACGUAAGAGCUGAAGACAAAGGAGUUUACAUAUGUAAAGUUUACAGUCAGCAGGUUUCUGACAAAAUUUUGGUUGAAAUAAAAGAUGUUGAGUACUUGCUAGUAUCAGGCUCCGAGGAGUCCAUAUCUGCGUCUGUGGGUGAGGAUGUCACUCUGAACUGCUCUGUAGACUCUCACAUCAAGCCUGAACACAUUAAAGAGGUUUCAUGGAAGAAAGCAGAUGAAGAUGAAUAUAUUCUGGUUCUGCUCUACCAAAACAAUGAGACUCAAUCAGAUUCAUCAGAUGAACAAUACAGAGACAGAGCUGAGUUCUUAACUGAUGAAAAACAAAACUUCUCUCUCAGACUGAAGAGUGUCAGGACUGAGGACAAAGGAGUUUACAUGUGUCAAGUGUUUGCUGGAGGACUUUCAGCCAAUGCAACUGUGGUACUGAAGAUACUGGGUUUCUCUGUUUCACACAUUAUGGUGUUGAUUCUCUGUAUUACUGCAUCUGGAUCUGCACUUCUGCUCUACUGGCUUGUUUAUUCCAAUCCAGAAGAUGAAGGUGUGUUUCUGGUGAAAACAUGA